ACUUUUAGGACAGUUUGGGUAUUAUUGCCACUUUUCCUCUAUUGUAACCACCUAUUUCUAAACCACACUGCACUGAUUAGAUCCUUGUUUUAUUAUAUUUUGGUGUAAUCUGCAGUGUAUAUAUCCAUAGCCUUCUAUUAGUAAUUAACCCAUACUUGGGAUACACCAGUUGUCACAUAUGGGCAGGGAAGAGUGAAGUCCUGAUCUCACCAGCUCCCACUUGCCCUGCCUACUUGCGUUCCCGCCCUAGGCGAUCCACAGCCACUGUGACAGUCCCUGCCUGAAUAAGUGCAGAGUGUAAAACAUCAACAAAAUAAACCCACAUUACAGACAGAGGUUGGUACACUUUAUGGAAUCACACUAACAGAAAUAAUAACUAAAGAUACACACACAAUAUAUCACAGUCCACAAGCCGAGUCAGUACCAAGAGAUAACAGAAAAGCCAAAUUGCAGAAACAGGAGAGGAGUCAGAGAGCGGAGCCAAUGGGUCAAAUAUGCCAGGAGUAUGAGCUCUUUUGCAGGCAAUGCCUGGAUGCAUACUUAAAUAGGGAGCUAAGCAGAUGAAAAGCCAACAAUGUCAGCUGACCAUCCAGAGCACAGGGCAUUUCCACAGUAACCAGAAUAACAAAAGACCUCAGUGCAGAUUAACCCUUCGGGUUCUUACCCAGUGUUAUCUAUACCAUCUGCAAUAUCAGUAUUACCUUUAAUAACUAUAAUAUUUGUGCCUUAUUUGGGGCAAUACAUGCUUGACAGUACAUCUCUGUCUAUAUUUCUGGAACUAAUGACCAAUAUAUCCUCCCUAGUUUAGUCACUCUUGACUCUGCACUGGGUUUAUCAGGCCUGGUGGAUAUUCAGUGUAGGGAAUUGGCCAGAUAGGGAGAUAGGGGGAGAUUUAUCAAAACCUGUGCAGAGGAAAAGUUGUCCAGUUGCCCAUAGCAACCAAUCAGAUUGCUUCUUUCAUUUUGUAGACAGGUUUUGAUAAAUCUUUCCCAUAGCCUUUAUCUUUAGCAAGUAGGUUAGCCUACUAUACAGAUUAAAUAGUACUGUAGGCUAGGUUCCUGUGUGGGAGGGUCCUUAUUAGGGCAACCACCCUGCCUAUGCUUAGGGCCUAGGUUAGUCCCAUCCUAGUUUCUGUUAGGUUCAUCUUCCCUUCCCUCCCCCCCCCCCUUCCCCCAGUUGUCCCAUCCCGUGACACCACAUCCAUCUGGUAGGGAAAAAUUGUAUCACCAACUACUUUUUUUUCCCUAAUUCUACACUUACUGCUGUGUCAUUUGCUUGUCAGAAGUAACAUCUGGUUCUUGGGAAGUGUUUCUUCUACUGGUAUUGAUCUUUUUAUGUGUAUUGCUCGGUUUGAGCAUAAUUUGUGUGUUCUUUGAGGUAUUUGCCUCUUUUAAUAGGCAGUACUAUUAAAAGUUUUGUUUUAGUCUGCAUUCUGUGAUCAGCUUUUUGACAGUAGACAAUUUCAUUGGUUUCUGUGAGAUUAAACAUUAUGAGCCAACAAGAUAAAUCCUGUGUAUUCUUAAAUUGCUUAGUCUAAGUUUGCACUGGACAGUUUUUAUUUAUCUGCGCCCAUGUUUUGUGGCAGUUCUAAAAUCACAUUUUGAGCCAAAACCAGAAGUAGAGAGGAAAAUAUAAAGAAAUAAUUUAUACUUCUUCCUCCUGUUGGAUCCACUUCUGGCUGUGUUUGAGCGCUAUCUUUCCCAGCCAUCUGCAAGCUAGGAAAGUAUAGUGCUGGAAAGUGGGUCUAAAACAUAGAUGAGGUACAAAUCUUUUCAUUCUACUUUUCUCUGUGUAGACUCCUCGUAUUUGUUUUACAAAUACUGAUGCAAAAAAAAAAAAAUGAAUGAAAUACUGUUGUCACAACAAAGGCAGAAUUCCUUCAGUUUUCAGCAAAACUCUCAGCAAAAAUAUAAUUCAAGUGAAUCAGAACCCACAAAUGGUGCAAAUGGUAUAUCACAAAAAAAAAUCACAUAUGGCCACAUUAACAAAAAAGUAAUAUAGUUACUUAGGCAUGUGCACAUGCAAUUUUUUAGUCAGCAUUUAGCCAAAAAUAGCAGUGUAACUGACACAGAGAAAUCUAUAUUGGAAAGAUUUGCAGCUUUUUCUGGGUUUUGAACUCAUUCUGAAUUAAAAAAAAAAAAAAAAAGAGCCCUCAUCCCUGUAUUGUAGUUUAUUGCAAAGCAAACAAAGCAAAUGUAUGAAAAAUAUGCCCUCUGCUGGACAUACGGUAAAGUGUUGUGUGGGCUGGAUGAGUGCCAUUUGGAAUAAUACUGCAGUGGCUGAACAGGCCAGAGAAGCUGCUGAUACUGCAGGUGCACCGAUGAGAUACAGAUCCCCCCAUUAGUGAGGACUCCAGUGAUUGAGAUGGUCUCGUAAUAUUUGCAGACUGGAACUGAACACAACAUAGGAAUGAACGAUCAUUGAUAAUUUUUUUGCAAAAUGUUGUUCAGCAUUUUUCUCCUGCUGACCCAGCAAUUCUCCCAGAGAGUGCUUGGCCCAGGAACCUACUACCCUUGGAACGUGGAGGUCAACGCUACCCUAGAGAAACACUACAUCAGAUACCUAGAGAAGUCUCUACCUGUUCUUGGAAAGCCAUUUUUAAAGGGUGAUAAUCAUGGAAUGUUCUGUGAAUCAAGUGGCUCUUCCCUCACUUGGUACCUAAAUGGUGUAAAGCAGGAGGUAGGGCUUGGUAAAGAUCCCCCAUUUAUGCUACCAGUAUCCCCAGGGAGUACCAGCAGCCUGUCUCUGGCAGACAUUGUUGGAGAAAACUGUAAUAAUAAGAAAAGCAAAGAUAAAGAUGAAGAGCUGCUGACCAUUCAUUUCCCACCAGACUCUCCAGUUAGUUCACCCCACAUCUCUGGAUUAUCCCUCCUACUUCUACUAGUCAUCCAAAGUCGGCCUCCCUCUGGCUUUAACUUUCAAGAUCAAGAUGGACGAUUCUAUGCCAAUUCGUCUCGUUUUCUUCUGUUGGACACGCGCAGUGUAGAUGGCAAUGGUAGUCUGAGGCUAAAAGUCAGCACCAAGCAAAGUGAAGUCAGUCAAACUUCUGUUAUAACAGGUCUCCUGUCAGCCAGGGUAGAGCUCCCAGUAUUGCUUCUGAUUGUGGCAGGUUCUGCACUAGUUUCUGGCAUUCUUAUGGUUAAUGUCCUUGUCUGCUGCCUUGUCCUGAAAAAGAGAAGAAACAAAUAUCAUGUGGGAAACCAACUAUCACUAAGUAUCAAAACCUGUUGCUACUUCCAAGAAAGGUCAUUUUUGGAACAUUUGGAAAAAUCCAUGCCGUUUUCACUUGGAGAAACCAGUAAGUUGAAGUUUUCAAAAGUUUACUUAUCUCUUGCUGUGACUUACUGAAUAUACAUUUCUUUUAAUACAUACUUAACUACAAAAGAACACUACUCUAAGGAAAUAUAAUGACAUUUAGUCAUGAAAUAAAAAUGACAUAUACUAAGUAACUUAGCGCCACCUUUCACACACUAAAAGGAGCCAACUGCUUCCAACUACCACCUGCUUUUCAUUGUGUUUAGUGGGACAAAAAAGUAUAGUCAGCCACCAAUUGUGCAAGUUCUCCCACUUAAAAAGAUGACAGAGGCCUGUAAUUUUAAUCAUAGGUAUAACUCAACUAUAAAAGACAUAGGCCCUUAUUUACUAAGAGUGGAGUGUAGGUUUUUUUGUGGGUUUUAUUAAGUAUUUAUUAAGGUUUCACUACAUUUUCCACUUUCCCUAUGCUUUUUUUUUUUUUUACACAUGCUCUGAUCUGUUUUUCCUCAGCUCAAAUCCACCACAUUUUAUGUGGAAACCUUAAUAAAUAUGUUGGGCCACGCCCCCCUUUUAGGUUUUAUUAGCAAAAUGGAGAGUUAGUAGGGGUGUUUUCAAUUCUGGUGCAAAUUCCGGUGUAAAAUCUGGCGCAGACAGAAUUUCUGACGCACAACCCGACAAAACAUGUUGGGUUUGCAAUAGUAAAUGA